CUGGUUUUCUUUACCUGCGCGCUGCACGAGAUCGGCUUCAACCCGGACGCGCAGAAAAGCCCCAUGUCCCUAGAGUUGUGGGGGGCGAUCAAAGCCCGCCAGUGGCUACUGGACCAGACGGCGCAGGUUGUCGAAGAGUGUCAGGGCUCGCAGACGGCCGAGAAUUUGGCUACCUGGGCCGACGAGGUGUGCGAGGCCAUCGCGCGCCACACGAUCGAGUUUCGUGAUUUCAGUUCCCGCGUCCGUCUUACCGGCGCUUUAGUGUCGCUCGGAGCGGGCCAGGACCUCAUGGGACUAAGCGCCAGAUUCGUGAAUAAGGAGGACGUCAUCAGUAUAUGCGAGAGAUGGCCGCGCUUGGGCUACUGUGAUAGGCUCAAAGCCGUCGCCGAGGUCGAGGUUGCAAGCAAGCCCGGGUGUCUCUUUGAGGACUGUACGGGGGCUUUCGACCCGGGGAUGUACAGCGUGGACUGCUUUGAAGCCUCGACGAACGGAUACGAUGGCACACUCAUGAACGGCUUCCAGGGCCUCGGCAUAUGGAUUGAUUUCAUGGAACACCCUGAUGUAACCUGGCUUGGAACCAUCAACUGCCUGUACUGGAUCACCGUCGUCGUCUUAGCACCAAUUCUCAGUUGGGCUGCUGGCAAAUGGGGUCAGAACUGGUUGAAUCACCACAUACUCGAGUCCGACUGUCUGAUCAUCGUCAAAUUGGAUAAAGCAGCUUUUGAGGCAAGCAGCGACGGCGAGUUCGACAGAGUCCUCUUCGCGUCAACGUCAACAAACCCUGGAGACGAGGAGUUCGCUGAUUCCAUCAAGAGAGAGGCUAUGAUCAAGCAAAUGAGGGAAGAUCCCUUCGUUCAUCUAAUCAAAGCUGUCGACACCGACCUCUCCGGCGACGAUGCUAUCGUCGGCUUUGCGAAGUGGUUCAUCUGGCCAGAGGGCAUGCCGCCGCCUCCCAAGCGAGAAUGGUGGCCUGGAUGUAACGUGGAAGCGUGCGAUCAGUUCCAUGGGGGCGUAGACGAGACCUACAGCCGGUGGCCACGCACCCUGAUCACCGACGCAGAGGGAUUGGUAAAAGACUGA